AAAAGAGUGAACGGGGAUCCUCAAUGUACAGGCCGCAGAAGUGCUACCGUUGGAAAAUUAACUAUAAUAAAAUACGACGCAUUCAAGGGGAUCAGAAACACGUCAACGCUUGGAAGGCAGUCACGGUACACUUUCCACCCAGAUGCCAGAUUCACAGAUUUGCUUAAUAUUUGUGACAUUUUUACCUGAAAUAAACAUUCAACAAAUGUGAAGCAUUGUGGAAAAUAUCGGAUUAUGGAUCAAGGCGGGAUCCUGGAGCUUCACAAGGAGUUGAAAAUGCCCCAUACAAUGAUAAUGUCAGAUUUCGUUACAGGGAUGGGAGGCAUGGCCCACAUUGAUGGAGAGCACAUCGUGGUGUCCGUGCCGGAGGCCGUGCUGGUCUCAGAUGUGGUCACCGAUGAAGGUAUCAUGUUGGAGACUACUCUGGAGGAUGAGGUGGUGGAAGGGCCUGACAUCUGCCAAGAAGACGUCAUCACUACCGAGGGAGUGAUCAUGUCCGAGUCUAUCCUGGAGGCAGAUGUGGCCAUCGAUGAGGCUCUGGGCGGCACCGCUGAUCUGAUCGAAGAGACGGUGUCUGAUCAGGUGUUUGUGGCUGAACUCAUGUCACCUCACGUGGAGAACACGCUGGACCAUGAACUGGUUUCCACAGAGGUCAUGGUGACGGACACUGAGAUGGUCAUCCAAUCACAUGACGCCAUGCCAUCUGAUGUCACUAUUAAGGAUGAUGACGAAGAUGAUGUGAAGAGCACCUCAGAGGACUACCUAAUGAUUUCCUUGGAUGAGGUUGGCGAAAAGCUAGACAUUGGAGACGCGCCCUUAAAGAUCAGCGCCGAUGUGAGUCAGGAUGACGAUGGGUCGAAGGAGGAUGAGUUCAGCUCGGAGGUCAUUAAAGUUUACAUCUUUAAAGCAGAUGGAGAUGAAGAUGUGGAAAUAGGCAGCACAGAGGUGGUAGCAGAGAGUGAUUUUUCCAAUGGGCACACAGUGCUGGAACCAGCGGGCACAGGCAGACUGCCCAGAGAGAGGAUGCUCUACAUGGCUCUGAAGGACGUUAGCCAGGUGGAGGAGGACAUCAACUGUACAGAAAUAACAGAUCAGGUGUAUAUGGAGGUGAUUGUUGGGGAGGAAGAGGCUCCUGUCAUCCAGGAAGCUCAACUGGAGGACACACCAGUGAACAAGACCUUCGUCCCUGCGGCCUGGGCAGCUGCUUAUGGUAGUAGUUUAGAGAGCAAGAACGGUGCCGCUACUCCAUACCUGCAGAUCACUGACAGCCUCAGCACCAGCCGAGCUCUCAAGCAGAAGAUCAAGAAGAGGAGGAAGGGAGAGACACGCCAGUCCCAGACAGCCGUAAUAAUCGGUCCUGAUGGGCAGCCACUGACCGUCUACCCCUGCCACAUCUGUGGCAAGAAGUUCAAGUCACGGAGUUUCCUGAAACGGCACAUGAAGAACCACCCGGACCACAUGUUGAAGAAGAAGUACCAGUGCACCGACUGCGACUUCACCACCAACAAGAAGGUGAGUUUCCACAACCACCUGGAAAGCCACAAGCUCAUCAUUAAGAACGAGAAGAUCCCAGAGUACACGGAGUACACCCGGCGCUACCACGAGGCCAGCCCGCUGAGCUCCAACAAACUCAUCCUGCGCGACAAGGAGCCCAAGCUGCACAAGUGUAAGUAUUGCGAGUACGAGACCGCCGAACAGGGCCUCUUGAAUCGCCACCUGCUGGCUGUGCACAGCAAGAACUUUGCGCACGUGUGCGUGGAGUGUGCAAAGGGCUUCCGCCACCCCUCGGAGCUCAAAAAACACAUGAGGACCCACACGGGCGAGAAGCCCUACCACUGUCAUCACUGCGACUUCCGCUGUGCCGAUCAGUCCAACUUAAAGACUCAUAUAAAGAGCAAACACGGGACCGACCUACCCUUUGAAUGCGAACACUGCCCGCAGGCGUUUGCCGAUGACAAGGAACUCCAAAGGCACACAGAGAUCUUUCAGGGUCACAAGACCCAUCAGUGUCCGCACUGCGAACACAAGAGCACCAAUUCCAAUGAUUUGAAACGCCACGUCAUUUCGGUGCACACAAAAGACUUUCCGCACAAGUGUGACGUGUGCGAGAAGGGCUUCCACAGGCCCUCCGAACUGAAGAAACAUGCCGAAACGCACAAGGGAAAUAAAGUACACCAGUGCCGGCAUUGCAAUUUUAAAAUAUCGGACCCCUUCACGCUUAGCCGCCACAUUCUGUCUGUUCACACUAAGGACUUGCCGUUUAAAUGCAAGCGUUGCAAGCGUGGCUUCAGGCAACAGAAUGAACUCAAAAAGCACAUGAAGACACACAGCGGUCGCAAGGUCUAUCAAUGCCAAUAUUGCGAGUACAACACUACGGACGCUUCAGGAUUCAAACGGCAUGUCAUAUCCAUCCACACUAAAAACUAUCCGCACAGGUGUGACUAUUGCAAAAAGGGUUUCAGGCGACCUUCGGAAAAGAACCAACAUAUCUUGCGACAUCACAAAGAAACCCUUAUGUAAUGCUGUUUUAUCCCCAAAACAAGAGCCAAUGUUAUACUCUACAACUACACUUUGUCAUUUAGGUGACUAAACUGUCUUGUUAUUUAAUGUUCUGGUUAUAUUUUAAAGUAACGUAACUAAAACUAAGAUGGGUGUGAGUGGCUUACAGAGUACGGUCUUGGUCAAAACCACCAAAACGUUCACAGUUUUGCUUAAUCACUCAUUCAGGGUCACAAAUGUCGAUAUUUUUAUACCCACUUUGCUUAACAGCUGCAAGCAAAUCGUGUCCUCUACUAUUAAAGGGAUGGUUCACCUAAAAAUGAGCAUUUUGUCAUUUACUCACACUUGAACACCGAGUACGGUCUCCAUUCAGUUUCAUUGCAUCUUUUUUCCAUACAGUGGAAGUGAAUGGUGACUUACGUUCUACCUAACAGUUAAUUUUGUGUUCCUUGGAAGAAAACAAGCAGCUUUGGAUCAACUUGAGUAAAUGAUGACAGAAUGAAAAUGUUUUGGGGUAACUGUCCCUUUAAGGCUGGUAAGAGAAUCAACAUCAUUGGGAGAAGAUGCUCAAUCAAAAGCUUCCCUGAAGUGAGUUUGGUGUAGUCUCCUCAUUAAAUGUAUUUUACCAACUAGUAUGUCCAAAUUUUACCGCACCUUUUACCGUAUUACCGCCAGUCAUGAUGUUCAUUUAGGCAACUUCUCUUUUUGUGGUAUGCAUGUAAGAUUAUGUGAUUUAACCCAUUGCAUUUCACCGCAUUUUCAUAGCGUUCGCUCUGCAGUCCUGGAGUUUUGAGUGCUCGGAUGAAACUAGUAUGUUUGAUACGACUCAAUGGUUUUGUUGUUAACUUUGAAUGCCACUAAAUCAAUCAUUAACACCUGGCAAACAUGCACAAACUGCCAAUAUGUUUCGGAUCUCUCGAGUCAUGCCUUACACGCCGUGUAUUUCCUUGCACUGAAUAUUUGUGUGAAAUAUUUUUAACAAGUUUCAAUUAUGCUAUGAUAGAUGUAUACAUUAACAAAUGCAAAUCACAGUCAGAGCACCUUCUUUGCUUUUAUAACGUCACUUCUGCGUUAUUUAUUUAUUAGCAAGUGGGCAGACUUGGGCACGGCAAUCCUUAACCAGAGUCCAUCCCCCUUCCUACCAGUAUUUGUGAAUGGAAAAACCUCAGUGAUUUAAGAAGCAUGCAUGUCUAGCUUUAUUAAUUGGCACAGCUAUUGACCUCUAAUAUUACUGUAGUUAACAACAGUAUCCAUAUACUAAACCCGCAACAUGCUGCACAUGGAUUUGAUCGAUGUUAAGAGCUGCGAGGGCCUGUACUUCCCGUUAUGGUUUUUAUUGUCUGACAAACUAAUGUAAAACAUUUGUGAGAAGCUCCGUCUCAGAAUAAGAAAGGGUUGUGUUUCAAGACAUGCUUUAAAAAGUUCAGUUUAAAGGGAUAGUUCACCCAAAAAUGCUAAUUCUGUCAUUUACUCACCCUUAUGAUGUUUCAUACCUAUAAGUGGAGCAGAAAAGACCAUGCUAGGUAGAAUGUUACCAUUCACAUUCAUAUCAUCUUUUUUGCAUCAAAUUAAAUAUGGUGUGCACCCUGACUAAGAUCCUUAAAACAACAUGUUCAAUUGAUCAAGUACUUUCAAAGUUGUCAUACUGGCAAACAUUUUUGAUCCCUGGGUACCUUAUUGAUGCGUUUACAUGACGUUUGUGGCAUUUACAAUUAACUCAAGCACGCGGUCUAGAUGGAGCUCUGGUAGUAACCGUUUUAAUUGGACGCCACAUUUUUCAUGUGAAUGAACUUUAUGCAUUUCAAGUAUUUUCUUUUUGGUGUUGGUGACAAAUGGACAACUGGAGGAGGAAUCCAAAUAAAUGUCUUUCAAAAACCACUUUUUGCUUACAUAAAUUGUAUUCCUGGACGUUUAGCAAAUGGCACUUUUCAAAUGUAAGAUAAUUAACACAAUUGAAAUAAAUAAUCAAAUGAAGAUCAUUUGAAGCCGCUUGUUUUAAGUCUUGUAUUAUGCCAUUGAAGUGGUUCAUUUGAAAUGCUUAUUUCAGGGGGUUCCACACCAUCACGUUGAGUUCUUUUGGCUUCGUUUUAAUGUUUCAACAGUUCAUAAUAACCGGUUUAAGUUCCAAGGUACUUAUAACUCAGAAAAGCCUGACAACUAGCUAUUGUCUUAUCUCCGUUAUAUCGUUUGGGUUUGAAUUUUUUUUUGCGCCAUUUAGGCAAAAAUCGUGUCUCUUAGAACUGAUCUGUUCUUUGAUCAGUAACUCCAAAAUCCACACUAGAACCAGACAUUGUUGAAGCCAUUUUUCUGUUUCAGUGUUGGCAAAGUUACGACUGUUUCGCCUUUUGAAAGUUAUGAAUUGCAGAACUACACCUCAUGAAAGUUUAUUUUUUUUUAUUAAAAUGUUUGAAAUAAAUGUAUUUAAUUGUUAUUAAACGUUAGUAAAGGUUAUUAAAUGUUUUAUCAAAAUA